ACACAAGGCGUUAACCGAAGGUAAAGAUUUAACUCCAAAAAUAAAAAACCAAAAACAACAAAAGAAAGGAAAAAAAACUUUAGUGUACGGUAAGCUCUUUCUCUUCUUCUUCACCCCUUUCGCAGAGAGAAAAUCAGAGUUUGUGUCAAAGAAGGAAAUCCAAUCUGUGCCGUACUGUCCAUCCUCCAGGCUUGACAUUGAUUGAAUCGCAGUGGGGGACAGAGAUACUGUGAGCUCAUAAACAACCCAUAAAGCCAUUAGAAUGAUUCAUGCCACAGAAGAAGAAAAGCGCUUUACUUGUUGAUGCGGCUGCGAGUGAGGCUUUGCAUUUGAUAACAAUAAGAACCCAACAGCAAGAAGAAGCGCAAGAGGAAGAGGACGAAGAAGGGCUGUUGUUAAUUGGUGUUAAUUGUUGAUAAUUGUUGCUUAAUCGUGGGAUUAGAGGAUGGGAUUGGUGGGUAUGAAAUCGGACUAGGAGGAGAGAGAGAUGAAGGGAGGGGGUGGGGGUGGUGUUUAUUCAGGGAAGCGGAGAUGGAGAGGCCUGGUGAUUGCAGUUUUGGGUCUGGUUUUUCUUUCCAUGCUCGUUCCUCUUCUCUUCCUUCUCGGCCUUCACAAUGGCUUUCACUCUCCCGGUUCAGAACAACAAAGUUCGCCUUCAAUUGGUCUGGGAGGAUAUGGUACAAAAAUCAUCAUUAGAGAUGCUUCUAAUCUUUCAGAGGGGGAUCGUUCAAACCAUGUAGAUGAUCUUGUGAAACAAUUUGCACCAACCCUUUCAAAGGAUAUACUAAAGAAUAUUUCACAUCCAGCUGAAAAUGAAACCAAAAGUCCAAGUGCCAUGCACGACAAUGAGGAGAAAAAAGGAUUUUCAGUCACCCCUCAUGAUGAUCUGCAAUCACUUCCCAUUGAAAAUAACCCUAAAGCUGGUGCCUCAGUUCAAAUCAUUGAUUACGCGAAAGGUGGUGUUGAUCAAAGUGGAAAAUCAUGUGAGUUGAAAUUUGGGAGCUACUGCCUUUGGCGUGAACAACAUAGAGAAGACAUGAAGGAUUCUAUGGUGAAGAGAUUGAAGGAUAACCUAUUUGUGGCGAGAGCAUAUUAUCCUAGUAUUGCAAAACUUCCAUCACAGGACAAGUUGUCACGUGAAAUGAGACAAAAUAUUCAAGAGGUGGAGCGUGUUCUUAGUGAAAGUACCACAGAUGCUGAUCUUCCACCACAGAUUGGGAAGAAGCUACAAAGGAUGCAAGCUGCAAUAGCCAGAGCCAAAUCGUUCCAUGUGGAUUGUAAUAAUGUUGACAAGAAACUGAGACAAAUAUAUGAUUUGACUGAGGAUGAAGCUAACUUCCACAUGAGACAAAGUGUUUUCCUCUACCAACUUGUAGUCCAGACUAUGCCCAAGAGCCUCCACUGCCUCUCAAUGAGACUGACUGUGGAAUAUUUCAGAUCUACUUUUGACGAUACAGAGGCCUCUCUGGCUGACAAGUACAUUGAUCGUGCAUUGCAGCACUAUGUCAUAUUCUCCACUAAUGUACUUGCAUCGUCAGUUGUAAUAAACUCAACUGUAAUGCAUGCAAAAGAAAGUGGGAAACUGGUUUUUCACGUCCUAACGGAUGAAGAGAAUUACUUCGCAAUGAAACUAUGGUUCUUUAGAAAUACAUAUAAGGAAGCCACGAUUCAGGUGUUAAAUAUGGAGCGGCUUGAUCUGAACAACCAGAAAUUACAAUUUUCACUGCCUGUGGAGUUCCGUGUUUCCCGUAGCAUUGAUGCCCAAAGUAGAACGGAGUACUUAUCUACUUUUUCUCAUUUACACUAUCGUCUCCCUGAGAUAUUCCAGAAUUUGGAGAAAGUUGUGGUUCUGGAUGAUGAUGUUGUUGUCCAGCAGGACUUGUCUGCACUAUGGAACCUCAACAUGGAAGGGAAAGUUAAUGCCGCUGUGCAGUUCUGCUCAGUGAAGUUAAGUCUGUUGAAGAGCUAUCUUGGCGAGAACAGUUUCAAUAAAAAUUCAUGUGCUUGGAUGUCUGGAUUGAAUGUGAUUGAUCUGGUUAAGUGGAGAGAGCUUGAUCUCACUGAAACUUACCAAAAGUUUGUGAAGGAGGUGAGUUACAUUGUGAGCACGCAAGAGGCGCAAAACGAAGCUGUUGCACUGCAUGCGAGCUUGCGUACCUUUCAGGAUUUGAUUUAUCCUCUUGAUGGUUCUUGGGCUCUCUCUGGACUGGGUCAUGACUAUAAUGUAGAUGUCUAUCCAAUCAGGAAUGCUGCAGUGUUGCACUAUAAUGGAAAGAUGAAACCUUGGCUUGAGUUAGGGAUCCCAAAAUAUAAAGGUUACUGGAAGAAUUUUGUGAACCGAGAUGAUCAGUUCUUGACUGACUGCAAUUGGAAUUCAUGAUGAGCUGGUUGUCCUUGGUUUUACUGCAAGAGGUUCUCCGAAAUAUGGGGAUCCAGAAGCAUUAAAAGAUGGAUGUCUAUUUUGUGGGUGCUGAUAAUUAUUUUUUUUAUCAAGCUUCCAAAGCGAGGACGUGAUAGCCGCGCUGAGUUUGACAAUCACAUAAUUGUAAUUUUUUGGUAAAUAAGACAUAAAAAAAUUUGUUUUUAUUUUUGCAAAGAGCAGAAGGAUGGAGCUCCUGGAAGGCUGCUAAGUUUCUGAAUUACCGUCUUUGGGGAAACGAAAGGUGAUUUGAUGGACAAAUCCAGGGAGUGAUUUGAAGAAAUUUUUUUGCUGAGUGGAAAAGCUGUGCAAAUAAUUCUGUACACAGGAAGGGUGCUAUUGUUUGUUUGUCCAAUUAGAUUCAAUUACCAUUCGUGAUAUAAAUGACAGUUGGCUGAGAGAGCAAGUAGUCUCUAUGCCUUUCAGAGAAAUCAUUCUUCUGAGAUUGUAUUUUAUUUAUUUAUCUUUGUCUUAGGUGAUGUCAAUGGACUAUAUUUUUUUUUUU